AUGGCGACAACUUCUCCUGAUCCCCGAGCGGCGGCUGAUUUGGCUUACACGGCAUUCGAAGACACUGUGACAAAAGAAGUGCCACAAAUGUCUCCGCUAGCCGAGGACAGCUCCGCCGUGCUUUUCUUUAAUGGUGGGAUUCGUGGCAAUCCCGGCCCGGGUGGUGCGGGCGCUAUUAUAAUUACAAAUUUGGGUCUUUAG